AUGCGAAUCAUCGGUGCGUCAUAUAUCGUUUCUCCCUACGUCGACCAGGCACGCCCUCCCCUCUCUCUCUCCUCUCGUGCUCCCUUCUGCAUGAUACAUGUCCAUUGGAAUCCAUCCACCAGUUGCCUGUUUUUUUUGCUUACAUCAUCUCUAAAUAACACUUUGCCCUCUCUCUCUCUCUCAACAUUUUCGCUUCAUUCUCUCCCAACCCUCCGGCAAGCGAAUGAAUGUCUCUGGAAACUCUGCCUACUUGUCGUGUCGCAGAAGCUGAGAGUGUAACCGGACCACGAAUCGAUUGAAUCCAAUCAGGGCGUCUGCGUCUCUUUCUGAUGGAAAGUUUCUCUUUCCCCCACAGCAGUCUGCUGCCAUUUUGACCCUUUUCUUUGUUUGUCCCAGGUGCCAUGUCCACUCCUUCUGUUUGCUUUUCCAAUCGACACCUCCCUCCGUCCACUCAUUCAGUUCGAUCCGUUUCAGGAAUGACGUCGACAAUGAGUGCCGUUGUCCUCGUUCUCGUCUCGCUGCUUGCCUCAGGUAAUUUUGAUGCGAAAAUUGCCGAUACCCUUUACUGUUUGUGUUUGAAAUGCAGAGUGUAGAAAGAUUAUGAUUUGUUUUCGAGUGAAAUGAGUCAUUCUCAAUCCAAUUGCUUUCCGUCUGAGCCAUGAAGCAAACAAACUAAAGAAGCGAAAGAUCAUUGUUUAAAAAAGCUAGACGAUCGGCGACGCUGCGUAAUUGAAUACAUUAAUUCGCAUGCAAAUCGCUGCUCGUAGAAAUAACAGUGAUCACUUUCAGUUGUCAGCCGCACGAUCCCGUGUUUGGACGGCUGCACCUGCGACCUCUCGGAGCACGAUCCCGUGAUCCGCUGUGAUGGAGUCGGGCUCCAACGCUUCCCGCUGCCGCAUUCCUCGCCUCUCCGCGGAUUCCACUUCCUGGCUCUCACGUGCAAUGAGCUUGACGCGAUUCCCGCUAUCAGCCUGAUUAAAGCGUCUUUCCCAGAUCUGCAGGGAAUUGAUGUGCAGGGGAACACGCGCCUGAACUGUACUGAAUUGAACUUCCUGAGCGAUGAAAUCCCAGUGCUCUCCGACUGCGGCAACGAAGAACCUCUGCAAUGCGACAAACUGGAUAAGGUAUUCGAAAGCCAAACUGUAUUGAAAUCGCAUUUUCUCAUUGUAGAACUGCGACUGGAAAUGCCGAGCUCUGACCAAACUGAAGGAGAUGUGGGCUCAGUUCAAAGAUCUAGUGAACAGAAAGGCCAAGGAGUGGCAGGCGGAGGAGACGAUCGAGGCGGCGAAGAGCUGGUUCAGUGCCCAGUUCAAGAAGUUCAAGAUUGCUAUCGGAGAGCUCUCCGACUAG